AUGUCGUUAUUCGGAUUAGGAGGUGGUCAACCACAGUUGACAUCUAACCAGAAGAUUCAGGCUGCGGAGACAGAACUAGACUUGGUCACCGAUAUGUUCAACAAAUUGGUGGAUAACUGUUACCAAAAAUGUAUCAAUAAGACAUAUAAUCAAGGAGAGCUAAAUAAGGACGAAUCUAACUGCUUGGAUAGAUGCGUAGCAAAAUACUUUGAAACGAAUGUGAAAGUUGGUGAAAAUAUGCAGAAGAUGGGUCAAACGUUUAACGCUGGUGGUAAAUUUUAG